AUGAUCUCACUGCCCACGGCGACGAGGGUGCACAGUGCCCGGAAAUGGUACGGCUGUCCGCUGGUAGCCGGCAAGAUUUCCUCGCCGUGGACACCCGCCAGCGCCGGCCCGCCGGCCGACUCGUCCGGCGCGGGCGCCGACGCCAAGAACCUGGACGUCGGCGACGAGGUAAGCGAAGAGAGACUAUCCUGUUUACUACGUGUCGUGUCUUCUCUUUCUUCACCCCGUAUAAUCCGUGCAUUUGUAACAAAUCGCAUUGCUCAGUCUUUGUCUCUUGUCAAAUUGCGCGCGGCGGAGCGGGCGGCGUGCAUCGAGGACAGUUGCGCAGCGCCCCGCGAGGCCCGGCGCCGGUCGCCGCUGCGGGCGGUCGCGGGCGCGAACGAGGCCCUGGGCUGCGGCUCAAAAGGUAAAGUAGCAUGCUCCAUUAACGGUGGUGGUGGUCGCAUGGCGAGGUUGCCGCUUCUUCUCCAUGGAAUCUUGCACAACUGUAAAAGAAAGAAAGAGAAAGUAUCAGGUAUCCAUGCACAAUUUACUGAUGAGGUGAGGCCCCCAGAAAAGACCGCUUUGUGCCAACUGAAACGGGCAGUACAAGAAUCGAACGUGGCGGUGAGCGCGCGUCUCUGCCCAGGAGCCGGAAGCGCCCGGAGGGCUUUGGAACUGCGCGAAGAGGAACAACGGGCCGGGGCGGCGGCGGCGGGCGGCGGCGGGAGGGACCGUAAGAGAAAAGUCCGAUGCGACGCAUCGGGCCUCCGCCUGCGCGCCGGCGUCCACCGGCUCCGGCGCGGCCGUUCUCCUCCUCCCCUAGCCCCUGCCCGCCGUGCCCCGGCCGCCCCGCUCUCGCCGCCCAGCCCCGCCACCCGCAGCCGCCCCGCUGAUAGGCUCGCCGUUUGA